CCCGCUUUACAUUAGUAAGAAUGAAAAUGAAAUGUGUCUGUUGCUGGUGGAUUAAUUUAUCACUUUCCUUGAAACUGGUGAACCCCAAAAGUUAGACAGCAAUUGGAAAAUACUGCCAUUGUCUGUUGAGAAGUCUAUGACAUUUUAAGGCAAGAAUGAAUGUAUGGAAGAGUUUCUUCUUUACUAACAAAAGGGAAAGCCUGGAAGUGAAUGAUAUGGGUAUAAUUUAAGAAAGAAAAAAACCUUUACGUAACGUUUUUGCUGGGAGAGAAGACUACGAAGCACAUUUUCCAGGAAGUGUGGGCUGCGAUGAUUGUAUGCUCUUAACUAAUUCUGAGUAAGGUGGCCACUUUGACAGUCUUCUCAUGCUGCCGCUGUCACCUUCUCCAGCAGAAGAUAUUUCAACUCUAAGGCAGCAUGAUCGAAACAUACAGCCAACCUUCUCCCCGACCUGUGAAUAGUGGACCACCCGUCAGUAUGAAAAUUUUCAUGUAUUUACUUACUGUUUUUCUUAUCACCCAGAUGAUUGGGUCCGCACUUUUUGCUGUGUAUCUUCACAGAAGAUUGGACAAGAUAGAAGAUGAAAGGAAUCUUCAUGAAGAUUUUGUGUUCAUGAAAAUGCUACAGAGGUGCAACAAAGGAGAGAAGUCCCUAUCCUUACUGAACUGUGAGGAAAUUAGAAGCCAGUUUGAAGCCCUUGUCAAGGAUAUAACGGGAUAUGAAGUGAAAGAGAAAGAAAAAAACUUUCAACAUCAAAAAGGUGAUCAGGAUCCUCAAAUUGCAGCGCAUGUCAUAAGUGAGGCCAGUAGUAAAACAGCAUCUGUUCUACAGUGGGCCCAAAAAGGAUAUUACACUAUGAGCAACAACUUGGUAACCCUCGAGAAUGGGAAACAGCUGGCUGUUAAAAGACAAGGACUCUAUUAUAUCUAUGCCCAAGUCACCUUCUGUUCCAAUCGGGAAGCUGCAAGUCAAGCUCCAUUUAUAGCCAGCCUCUGCCUGAAGUCCCCGAGUGGAUCUGAGAGAAUCUUACUUAGAGCGGCAAAUACCCACAGUUCCUCCAAACCUUGCGGGCAACAAUCCAUUCACUUGGGAGGAGUAUUUGAAUUGCAACCAGGUGCUUCAGUGUUUGUCAAUGUGACUGAUCCAAGCCAAGUGAGCCAUGGGACCGGCUUCACAUAUUUUGGCUUACUCAAACUCUGAACACUGUAACCUCGCAGGCUGCCACUGAGCAGAUGCUGGUAGUCUUCAUAAUACAGCAAAGCAGUUAAGACAACCCCCUGUUGAACUGCCUAUUUAUAACUCUAGGAUCCUCCCCACGGAGAACUAUUUAUUAUACACCCCAAGGCAUAUAGGGCUGCAAUAAGUGAAUUAUGGGUGGGGUGAAACCAAAGAGGACCCCGUUCCCUAUGAGCUUAUAUUCUGAAGCAGUAACCCAACUGAUACAGACAUCCAGAGAUGCCAAUGAAAAGACAAGGCCAUUAAGCACAGAUUGAAUUCUGAGUAAAUAGCAAAUUAUUAGCCAAGUUUAGUUUUUUAGUUGU